AUGACUCUGUUCCGCUGCAGUUUCACAAUAACGGGGGUUUCCUGGGUAUGCCCGCGAUCGUAUUCGAGAUUUGGACCGAAUCUCGCUGCGAGAUCAGAGCAUAUUGCAGCCUUAAACGGUUCAAAACAUGUGAUUAUGACACUGUGCCCAGUAUUCUAUGGCUUUAUGCUAGCUAUUGACAUUGCCAACUGUACCCCACAUCUGGAUGCGUUUCGACAUGAUGCAGGUCUUCCAUCAUCCAUUCUUAUUGAACACCUGCCAAAGCCUUUGGUAAUGAACUGUGUUACUUAUUCAAAAGAGCGUAUGCAGAGAGCUGUCAUCGGCAUUCAGCAAGUUCACUCAGCUUUCAUUGAGCAUAAUGAUCCCUACCCGAAGAACAUUCUCAUUGUUCCUGGCCAUCUUGAGAGAGUUGUCUGGGUUGAUCUUGAUGUUGCAAUUGCUUAUCCCAAUGACAUUUACAUUGGAAAGAACGGACGCAGCCGGAUUGAGUUUGAAACUGAAGUUGUUAAAAGCUUUGGACAGCUUCUUGUUCGUCUCCACAGGGACGCAUUUGCUUGCUUUCCCUGGCCUGAUAGAGGCUGA